AUGCUUUCAAAGUGCUACAUUACAGAACAAAUCCAACUUUCAACGUAUCCAGACGUGCAACUUGAAUUGACAACAGAAAAUAACUUAAGAUUAGAUCCAGAUUCCCUUGCUGGUCCAGAAUUUGACCUAUAGAAGAAUAUACCAUGUCGGACGGAGGAAAAGAAACGGUACCAGGGGAGAAAGGAGUCGGAUCCGAUGGAGAAGACCAGGAUGCAGUAGCCGCUAAUCAAGCGAGACUUACUAUGGAGAAGUUCCAAAAUGUAGAAGGGGUAGAGGUAGUAAAGAUGCCUGCACCAGAUGAGGAUGUUCGUGAGAUUGUCAUAGUGGAUGCAAGUGCUCUGGAUAUAGAUCUGAAUCAGGGGAAAAUUGCAAAGAUUGAAAAUUUAGAAGCACUGACACAAGUUGAGACUUUGUGCCUCAGACAAAAUUUGAUUAAGAAGAUUGAGGGUGUAUCUACUCUACAUCAUCUCAAAGAACUUGACUUGUAUGAUAAUCAGCUGGAAGUGAUCGAGAAUUUGGAGGAGCUGCAGAAUCUGGAACAGCUGGACUUGUCAUUUAACCGUCUAAAGACUAUAGAGGGUCUGGACAAUCUGAUAGCCCUCCAGAAGCUCUACUUUGUACAUAACAAAAUAGAAAGGAUCCAAAACAUCGAACAUCUUGUACAGCUUCGUAUGCUGGAGCUUGGUGCUAACAGGAUCAGGGUAAUUGAAAACCUUGCGCCGCUGACACAGCUGUCAAGUUUGUUUUUAGGGAAAAAUAAACUGACAAAAAUUGAAGGCUUGGAUUCUUUGGUCAACCUGACCUGCCUCAGUCUACAGUCUAACAGAUUUGUGAAGAUUGAAGGAUUGGAUGCCUUGGUGAACCUGGAGGAACUCUAUCUCAGUGACAAUGGCAUAGAAAGGAUAGAAGGCCUUGAUCAUAAUCUACGGUUGAAUACAUUGGACUUGGCAUCAAACAGAAUAAAGAGGAUUGGAAAUGUUUCACACCUUAAAGAGCUACAGGAAUUCUGGUUCAAUGACAACAAGAUGGAGGACUGGAAAGACCUUGAGGAACUAGCACCAAUCAAAAUCCUCGAGACAGUCUAUCUUGAGCGCAAUCCUCUGUGGAUGGACCCAGAGAAUGCUGGACAUGCUGAUCCCAAUUACCGACGCAAGGUGAAACUGGCAUUACCACAAGUCAGACAAAUAGACGCCACUCUGUGCAAGUGACACUAAUGGUGUGUGACCUUCAUGGACCUAUGGAAACCUACCACAGUUUCAUCAACUUUCCUUAACAAGAAAAUCCUUUAACCAAAAUGUUUCCAUAGAAAAGUAUUACAGAGUUUUAGGAACUUAACGGCUGUUCAAAUAUUAUUCAGUGGGAGACCCCACCACCCAUCAAAUAUCAAAAAAAUAUUUAGUAUAAGGAAUACUAGAAAAAUAUAGCUUUAUCCCACAACCUAUCAAAUCUUAAUACCUACCCCUCCCACACACAUAAGUCUGGAACAGCCCCCAAAAAAUUGUUAUUUAAACAAAUAAUGCUUUCUAAUGCAUGAACAUUAAACAAAUAAGUUAAUGAAUUUCCAAUGUUAAGGGGCUCUGAUAAAACUGGGGCUGCGUGUGAUGGGACAGCAUGCUCCAACAAUAUAAAAACUACAUAUAGUGUUCAGUUAGUAUUAGAAUCUAAUGAGAUGAUGUAUUUGGAGCAGGCAGACUAGUUGUACUGGUAGGUCUCACUGAAUUGAGUAAAGAAAUAUAGAAUUGAUAAUUUUUGAUGCUCACAUUCAAAUGUGAUAUUGAUUCCUUGCCAUGAAAUGGGAAGCAUGUUAGUAUAGUAUGAUCCACAUCUGUUUUGUCUGUCCGUCCACAAUUUGAGGUCCAAGAGGAGUUAGGUGUGUCAUGCCUCUUGAUUUUUUCAGCAACAUAUCCUUAUUCCAUAAUUUCAUUUUUUCCUUGCCACUCAUGUAAGGAAUAAAUUUAACCACAUAUCUGUAUUCCAAUUUAAAAAUUCCAUUUCCAAAGUUCAAGGUCACUACCGGGUAUUUAAUUGAGAGCUGAGCAAUAUACAAGUUGUAUACUUAAAUAUUUUAAUACAGUCCCAGGUAACCGUCAAGAUAAUGCCUAUAUAACCACCAGCUUAAGUGUAUAUAUUUAAAGUUACAUUAUUAAGUAAAUGUUCCAUUCAUGAGAAUAUUUGUGGAAUUAUUUGUUAUAUUGAAUUAAGAGAGAGUAUACUAGAAUUGUCUGUCAGUAAACAAAAUAGUUUUGGAUGGAAGUUUAAAGGCUUGUAAAUCCUUUAAUAUUAGUACAAGGGUGUUCAUAUUUUGUCUUGAGCUCUUACAAAUUUCAUUCAACAUUGCCGAAAUGGAUUUGUUCAAGUUUUCAUAUUAUCAUGUGAAAUUUUUAGGGUUACCUGCUUGGUAAAUUUUUAGUGCAAAUUUGGACAGUUUUACACUUAAAUUUUUAUUUAUUUAUUUGCAAUGUGUUGCCCUGAAAUAUUUGUUGGAAUGAAAAGCUGAGAAUUUUGUUUCUAAUAACUGAAAAUUUUCUUUUGAUUUUUAAUUUUGUUAUUUUUUAACAUACAAACCAGUUGAGGUAGAGGAGUCAGGAUAAGAAGAGAACGGGGCAUUAUCCAUUCCUACAACAAUUCUAGUUUAGAAACAUUGAGACCUGUUCUUGUUUCAUGUUGUUGUUAUUGUAUCAACAUUCAAUUUUAUGUAAUAUCUGAAUGACAAAAUAUAAAUAUGUACUAUGAAUUAUGCCUUUAGAAAAUUAAUUUCUAUUCUAUAUACAUGUACAAGAACAUUUUUUGAGGUUGAUACUGUGGUGCUUGGUUCAACACUCCCUACACGUGGGGGUUCGUGUUUCUCGUAAAGCUGAGAAACACCAUUUUUGCUGUCGUGGUUGUGUCCUUGGACAAGACACUUCAUUCUAAUUGCUCUGGAUGCAUGUGAUAGGCUUCCUGCAUGUUAAGUGAUGUAGCCACCAUCUACUACAAGGAGACCAUGCCUCAAAUGGCCCUGGCUAUUCGCAGGGUAAUAAACCCAACAAUCGGUUGAUGUCAGGUUUUAUGGACUCUGAAAAGAUAUUCCAUGCAUGUCCUUGAUCAACACUUUAGGUUUGGUAAAUCCCGGUAUCAACAAAAGCUGAUGACUGUAAUGAUUUAUUUUCUUGUAUGUAAUAAAUAAUAACAAUGAAACCACGUCAUUCAGAUUUUUUUCCGGAAAAAAAAAAUUCUGUAGUAUAUUUAUAUAAUACUAAUGCUUGAAUCUGCCAUAUAUUAAACAUGUUCAGGAAAAGUGCUUUAUAUAUAAAGAUAUCCUGGUUUGUAUGAACCCCAGUUAUACAGCAAGUUUUACUGUUGUCCAUGGAAUUCUGUUGACAUAAUGCUAUUAACUGUUCAUAGAAACAUUUCCAUUUUGUAUUUAUUUUGUUCAAAGAAUAUGUUGCUUAGAACCUGUACUGUAACCUAUAUAUAUAAAUGUCAGUACCGUUAUACAACAUCAUUCCAAUGUUAAUUCAUCUGCCAUCUUAUAGCUUAUUCAGCUUUUAUUAAAUAUUACUUUUUUGCCACACCACUGUAGCUACGCUGUAUGAACAUGACAAUUGUAUACCAUAUUUAUCCACUAAUAAGCCUUUAGGCCAAGGCACAAGCUUCAACUUAAAUAUCAAAGAGAACUUAUUACAGAAAGGAAAUGGUAUUUGUUAGCCAUUGGUGGGCCUAUUACCAGGCACUUGCUUAUUGCUGGAUAAAUAUGGUCCUCAAAUUAUGUUGUCCAUUGAUCUCAUAUUAAAUACAUGUAAACAUAUUGUAUUUGAAAUUGAGUUUUGUUGUACAUUGUGUGUAUAAUAAUGGAAUCCAAUAUCGCCUGUAGAUGUUAGGUGUGGCCGAUACUCUUCUGGCUGUAAAAUAUAUUACUAUGUAAUAAAUAAUUAAUAGCAACAUUUGUGUUCAAUUAAGAUAUGCAUGUAUUGUACAUUAAACAAAUGUAUGUCAAGUAAACAAUUUUGAUACAAGUUCAUGGACUCGCCUCAAGGAAUCAUGGCUGCUUGCCAAAAAAUAAAUUCUGCUGUCAUAAUUUA